AUGAAGGACAUAAUCUUUGACUGCGAGACCGCGGUUAUCUUGACGAUGAAGAAAGUGUCACAGAGUUAUUUUGAUGAGACAGUGAAGUCAAAUAUGGAAUUGUUCGACCUCUCAGUAGAUGAUGCUAUAGCAGAAUCCGUUCAGACGUUUGCAUUAGAGGGUGUAGAUCUCUCCGAUAUUGUGAAGGAUAUGAUCAAGUAUGAAGACGGCCAUCCGUGUGCUCUUGCUAUCAAAAAACUUCAAAGGCUUUUAGAGGUUGACCAUGAAACUCCCGAGUUGCUGGAAGCUUUGCAAUCCUUACAGCUACCAGGAAACUCUGACUUUGCUGUCCGCAAAUUGUUAAUCGAUAUGAAUUCUGUAGAUAUCUUACUAAACCUUUUUGAUCUGUAUACUCCAGUUGGGGACUAUUGUCUAUGUACUUUAUUGUUGAAUGUGUUGUCCAGAAUAAUUAAAGGCCAUUCCGAAUCUGUUGGUGAAAAACAUAUCCAAAAGUUAAUAAAUUCACUCUCCAAAUUAAUUAAUGAAUUGGAAGAAAACCCAUCUACCGAUUUAAAAUUCAGUUUAAUUGCUGCAAUCUACUCAGUGUUACAUCUUAGUUGCACGAAAAAUGAAAGGAAUAGAACUUUUAUUUCCCAAACUCAAACUGUCGCUCAGACCAUAAAUUUUUUCAUGAGAAUCGCAGAAUUGUUUGACGAUCUCCCUUUUAAUACUUUCUAUCCUGCAUUAAAAGAAGGAUGCGGAUUCUUACGAUCACUAACCCUCGAUGAUGAUUUAGACGUUGAAUUCGGUCUAGGAAGUGAAAAUGCUCGUACCAUAGCUAAAAGUGACUUGUGUUUGGAAGUAUUUGUCAAGUUAAUAUCAAAGAUUUUGAACUCCUCAAAUGUCAGUGGAAUUUCUGACCUAUUUCAGACAUUAUCAACUAUAAUUACUCGCGAGGAGUUGUGCACAAAAUUCGCAUCAUUUAACGGCAUCGAUAUACUAAUGCAAACUAUCUAUUCUAAUAUAAAUUCAACUGUUAUUGUUUCGUCUUCAUUGAUCCUUUUACAAGCACUAUGUGGUUCAGAUGCUUGUAAACUAUCUGUUAGCAAUUGGUCAAUCCAUAGUAUUUCCGGACCUCAGCUUAUUGUAGAUCUAUUUGAAGGCCAUAUAAAAAGUCCUGUUGUUACAAAAUAUAUCUCAGGUGUAAUUGCUGCGCUUACUCUUCGACAACCUAAUAUUGCAAAAUCGUUUGUUACAUCAGGUGCAUCAAAUUAUCUCAUCAAACGCUCGAGCUUCAUUUAUCCAAUCCUUCAACUGUUCGAGCCGCAUGUAGAGCUAUACGUAACUGUGUCUCACGGUCUCCAGAAUUACGGUCUUCGUUUCUGA